UUUAUAUAGCAUCAAGAUUGUCACAUCGAAGGCCACAUAAUUUUAUUACUCAGAAAAUACUUUUCGCGUAUUUUACGGUAUGCAUUUAACAUAAUUUGCUAAGGAAUCAUUUCCAGUACAAUCAAAGUGCAUUUUAAGAAUACCUAAAUUCUUAUAUUCUAAAGCGCGUGAAGGUUGUACGCUAUUAACACUACGCAUUUAUCCCUCACGUAAAUAACAAAGGAGGAAGUACUAAAAAUGGAGGACAACCAAAACAUGGAUGAUAUCGAACAAAACUUUCUCACUCAGUUUAGCUCUAUGAUAACUACUGACAAGGACGACCUCAUCAAACAAUUUCAAACCAUCGGAGAAAAUAUGAAUCACUCUACAGCUACCUUUUUCCUGGAUAUGAGCAACUGGAACUUGCAAACAGCUGUAGGGUGCUAUUUCGAUUUCGUAGCAUUUUCUCGCCUCCCAUCGAUGAAGUUUUUGAAUGAUUUAACCGUCGGAAGAGAAGAAAAAGUUACUCCUAAUACACCCUACAAACUAUCUCUACUAGUCCAGAACAAUGGAGAAUCAAACUGGCCUGACGGUACUUAUCUGAGGAAUGAAGUUGAUGAUAGAAGGAUCCCUCUACCUUCUCUUCCACCAAACGACACAACAAUAGUCACGGUCGAUCUAAUUAGUCCUCCAAUCCCAUGUACGUUCACUACUAAGUGGCAGGCGUGCAUGCCAAACGGAACUCAAUUCGGUGAUACGAUUACACUAAGUAAUGAUGUGUGUGAAAGUGGAACGCUUUCAAUUACACAGCAAAUGUCCCAACUGCACACUAUUGCACCCCAAGAUGAUGCAGUACUUGCAACAGCAUCAGCAUCAGCUCAACAGAACCUGCCAUUUGGACCGCUGGAAGAUACUGAAAUGUGGGACUGAGAGAACAAAUGAUGCAUGAUAAUCAAAGAAUGAAGUUCGAUGCGUAUGUUUAAUAUCGUGGAAAAUCAUAUGAAGUUAUUCUUAAUAAAAAAAAUUAUAAUUGAACCUUAUUUUAGGUUAUGAAUAAGGUAUUAAAAAUUGUCCUUGUAA